AGUCAUUGAUUAUAAUUUAGUAACAUAUGUUCUAAACAAAAAAUCCAAUUAGAUUGAAUCUAUUGCUUUGCAACUCUUCGUUGUAGCAAAUCUUUGUACUAAAAGAGACAGUAGAUAUUCUAAUUAUUUAUUAGUUUAUCAUCUUAAAAUACGUUUGAAAAGAAGAUCGAUAUAAUUGAAGCAGACAAUAUUUCAUUGUUUAUGUCACGGGGAUUUUUCCGUGACUUUCCCCGAAUUUCUUUUGUGUUACAUUAAAAGCAUUAACUCAAGCAUUAAUUUCAUAAUUUAAACGAGUGGGAUUCUCAGAAUUAAUUCAUUGAGUUUAUUCAACUAUUUUAUAAUUAUUUGAACUCUUAAUAUCGAAAAAAUGCCGCACGCAGGCUUAGUAACUAUAAUUCUUGGAGUCACUGUAGCUACAGUUUUAUAUUUUAUGUUUGGAAAUAAUAAACAGAGAAAUGGUCAAUAUUAUGAACAUGCUUAUGAAUCUUAUUCAGAACAAUCCAGUGUAUCAAGAGAUUCCGAUGAAUGUCCAAUAUGUUUACUUCCAUUGGCAUGUAAAAUUAAUUAUAUUUUACAACCUUGUAGACAUAAAUUUCAUAAAAGAUGUAUUGAAAAAUGGGGACAUGAAGCUGAGUCUCAAGCAUUGUGUCCACUCUGCAGAUCUCCAUUUGCUCAAAUUAGAUAGAUUUACAUAAGACUGUCAAAUUUAAUAUAAAAUAAAAAUUUAUUGAUUAAUAUAAUAUUUUUUGUACUUUGUUGAAAUUAAGAUGUAUUUGUUAAACAUCAAAUUUUCAAAACUACAAAUAAAUUUUUAAUAGAUAGUUGUAAAAUUGUCUUGUAUAAUUAAGACAA